CCAUAUAUAUUGAACUUUGCAUAUAUAUAUAUUAUUUUUACAUAAUAUACACACGUACACACACAUAUAUAUAAAGCUAAUUAAGUGAAUUCAAAACAUAUACGAAAAAUGGGAAUGUUAUCUUUGAUAUUGGGAAGGCCAGGAACAAGUGGAUUUGGAUCAGCCUCUACUGCUGAACAAGUUUCUGAUUCCAUUGAUGCUGCCAAUCUCACUGUUAUCAUCACAGGAGGAGCCAGUGGAAUUGGGUUUGAGACAACAAGAGUAUUAGCACUCAGGGGAGCUCAUGUGAUCAUAGCUGCAAGGAACAUCAAGGCUGCAAAUGAAGCCAAACAACUAAUUCUUAAAACCAAUGAGACCGCAAAGAUUGAUGUUCUUGAGCUUGAUCUUUCGGCUCUCAAGUCAGUUGAAGCCUUUGCUGAUAGCUUCAAAGCUCUUAAUCUUCCCCUCAAUAUCUUAAUAAAUAAUGCUGGUGUUAUGUUCUGUCCAUACCAACUAUCCCAAGAUGGUAUAGAGAUGCAAUUUGCAACCAAUCACUUAGGUCACUUCUACUUGACAAACCUACUACUUGAUAAGAUGAAGGAAACAGCUACAACUACCGGAAUUGAAGGUAGAAUUGUAAAUUUAUCAUCUAUAGCUCAUCGCUACACUUACGCAGAAGGGAUAAAUUUUGAUAAAAUCAAUGAUAAAAAUAGCUAUUCAGACAAAAAGGCUUACGGUCAGUCCAAGUUGGCUAACAUUUUACACGCAAAUGAGCUCUCUCGACGUUUGAAGGAAGAAGGGGCAAAUAUAAUAGUAAACUCGGUGCACCCGGGGUUAAUAAUGACAGAUCUCAUGCGACAUUCAUUUUGGCAAAUGAGAAUAUUUAAGCUAUUCACUUGUAUCCUUUGGAAAAAUGUGCCACAGGGAGCAGCAACAACUUGCUAUGUGGCAGUGCACCCAGACCUAAAAGGGGUAACUGGGAAGUACUUUUUGGAUUGCAAUGAAUGGCCUGCAAGCAACUUUGCAACCGAUCCUGAAUUGGCCAAGAAGCUCUGGGACUACACCCAAAACCUGGUCAACUCUCUUCAGCAAAAAUCGUGAUUCUUUUUUCCUACUAAUAGAAGUUAUCUAUGUUUUCUAUGAAUUUACUAAUGCUUGCUUAAUGUAAUCUUAUUAUGCUAUUAUCAACUCUGUUAAAGAAUCAAAUGGCACCACUUGCCUUUACAAACCUUUAAUUCAAGAUAUAUGAUCAUUAACUUGUAUGUUC